AUGGAGUGCGCCCUGGACGCGCAGAGCCUGAUCAGCCUAUCCCUGCGGAAGAUCCACACGUCCCGCACCCAGCGGGGCGGCAUAAAGCUGCACAAGAACCUGCUGGUCUCCUACGUGCUGCGCAACGCCCGGCAGCUCUACCUGAGCGAGCGCUACGCUGAGCUGUACCGGCAGCAGCAGCACCCACCGCAGCCCAUGGAGUGCGGCCCGGAGCUGGAGGAGAUCCCGGAGCUGAGCCCUCUGCAGAUCCCCGAGGAAGGCGAGGACGAGAUGCACCACCAGCUGCCGCGGAUCCAGACCGGCGCAGAGCUCCUGGAACCCGGACUGGAGGAGCCGCUGGAGCUGCCGCCGUGCGCCCACACUCCGCACCCAGCCAAGGAGCUGCUCCACCCGGCCGGCACUUUCUACCCCCGGGGCUGCUGCCAGCAGGACGAGCUGGAGGAGGAGAGCAUGGGACCGGCACACUGCAGCCAGACCACCGUGCUGGACCUGGACACUCACGUUGUCACCACUGUGGAGAACGGAUUCCUCCACCAGGACUGCUGCGCUUCCCAGUGCCCGUGCCAAAGCGCACCGUCCCCCGCGCUCCCCUCCGUGGCACCAGCCGCCGUCACCGCUCCCCCUUCCCCUCUGCCAGCCAAGCGCAGGUACCCCCCGUCGGGCUACAGCUACGGCUGCUCGGUGGUGGAGGAGGACGAUGAACUGGAGCCCCACUUUGUGCCCUGUAAGAGGGGCAGAUACGAGGACUACUGCCCGCAGCUGGCUCCCCCGGAACACUCUCAGCAGCCGCCGGCACAGCAGCAGCCACCGCCGCAGCACCCCGCCGACUCCUCCAACAUCUCCAACCUCAUCUCCAUCUUCGGCUCCGGCUUCACCGGACUCAUGGGCAGGCAGGCGGACUCGGAGCAGAGCCUCAACGGGCACUUGUGUGGCAAGCAGGCGCUGGCCAGCUUGGGCGCCUGGACUCGGGCCAUAGUGGCUUUCUAG